CUCUCUCUCUCUCUCUCUCUCUCUCUCUCUCUCUUUCUUUAUCUCGCCCACUGACUGAUUCAAUAGAACCGUUAAACUAUCGGCAUAUUCACACAAUCGCCCCCCGCCCGCUUUCUCAUCCCCCUACUAAGUCAAUCUGUUAUCAAUAGACAAUGACAAGCCAUAGUUCAGGAUCCGAUUUCUUACCCAGGGCCGGGUGAAUAAUCAGUUCACUAAGUAAAUAAAAAAGGGUCACAAAUUUUAGACAGAUCUUCGACUGCCGAGAGUGUAAGCGUUUGAGAAGUAUUAUUUCUCUGAUAGCAAGUAGGGUGGUGUCAUAAUUUCGAAUCAAGAGACUCACUUUUAUUUUUUGGAUGUGAGCUGAGAUAAAACUGUUUAAUAAAAUAAGAAGUCUUAAUUUCUUUUUUAUUUUUAUUUUCGCUGUUUCCGUGCGUAUGUGUUCCACUUUCGAUUCUGAAUAGGGAAUUCUCAAGUUUGUUUCUUGCAUUUAGGAGGAUAUCUGUUGUCAAAUAAAUAACAGACGAUAGCGCAAAACAAAUUGAUACACUGACGUACCGAAUUCGGGUAGAUUACGAUAAACCUUACCCUUUCUCUUUAUAGCGUCUCCAAAAGCUAAACACGCAUAAAUCGUAUCAAAUCACUCAGGGCGGGAAGUUUGAUUGCCAUAAAAUGUAGUUUUUAUCAAAGAAACAAGAGCAGUAACUUCACCGAGGAGCAAAAGCCGUAAGGCAGGUAAACUUCUUCUUUGGUAUUUGUCCAAAACGGUUUUUCAAAUCGAAAGAGAGACAAAGGACGAGCUGCGACAACGACUGGGAGAAGGCGGCUCUUGGCCGUCCCCGUUUCAAUACAGAAAUGUCGUGUUCUCGUGCUCUCAACUUUCUCCGGAUCGUGUUCUGUGUCGCCUCAGCAUGGACUACAAUGACACACGCGCAGAUGCCUCGGACUGGUGCUUGACCUUUGACCCCGUGGACCGCCUUGACCUGACCUCUGUGCCAGAGUAUACACUGGUGCUGACAUGUGAGGACGCAGAUGGACUGUCUGACAGCAUGGCGGUCAAGGUGAUGGAAUUAUCCGGGCCAGCAGCGAUCUGUCACAAGAGUGUACCUCUGAUGUGACGUUCGAGGUGUUUGCCGAUGACAGAGUUAACACACCUGUUGGGCCCUUUGUUGUGUCUGUAACAUUGGAUGGAGCCAACCAGUCCCCGUCCAUCACCAACAUGGACGAGACGGUGCAGCUGGAGGAGGAGAAGGCUGGGGACUUCUACACCAUUCAAGUCACAGACGACGGUGACGUCAGAGACCUGGCCUACACGCUGGCCGCCAACCCUGCCAGCGCCCUCGGUUUCUUCAGCAUCACCUCCAGCAAACCACCUCACCUGCGAGUGACUGGCGGCUUGGACUACGAGGAUCUAUCGCACCGGCGCGUGACCUUGACCCUUGAGGCCAAGGACAAGGGUGGCUGCAGCACAGGGGUCAAACGGUUAAUCGUGGAGGUCACGGACGUGAACGAAGAGCCUGUGUUUGACCACAACCCUGUAACGCUCACCGUCUAUGAGGGUCACAUCACCGUGGCAGACGACAAGUGGAAAGUCCUUGACCCUGACGCUCACGAAAGCCUAUCUUUUGCUUUGGUCAAAUCCUCCUAUCCCGGAAUGUUUGGCGUCGACUCCAAAACAGGCACCAUAGAGUCUUUAAGUGACUACGACGUAGACAAAAACCGGAUGCCCGAUACCGUGACCUUGACCUUAGAGGUCACGGACAAAGGGGACCUGAAGGACCAGACCGAGGUCACCCUGAAUGUCUUGGACGCCAACGACAACCGGCCAAAGAUCAGAGACGUGAGCAAGUCUUUCACUGUCACCGAGUGUACUUCUCCAG